AUGUCCUCAGUCCCUCUCUACCGCUGCCCGCGACGCUUUCUCUUCAUCGCCUCUAUCGGAAACCCAGCACCAUACACCGGCACGCGGCACAGCGCCGGCCAUGUCCUGCUCGAUGCGUUGCAGGCGCCUCUGCAAGAGCGCAUCGGGCUGACCAGCAAUGAUACUGGGAAUAAUAGCAAGUCCAUUUUUUACACAAUGUGGAAAUCUCCCGCGCUCAUGAAUGUGUCGGGUCCACCGGUGCUGCGCCAGUUUAAGAAUUGGUUUGCCAAUCGGCAGCAGGUUUUUGAUACUAUUUUUGCACCUGCGUCAAGACCUGUAUCAACACCACCAGCACCUGCACCUGCGCCAGCAGCGUCAGAAACAGAAACAGAAACAGAAGCUGAAAUUCAAACGAAAAGACUCUUCAAGGGCAGCAACCUCACCCCGAUCGACGUCUCCACGCGCGAGCUGACACGCUUCCGGCCCACGCUUGUCAUCCUGCACGACGAGCUGGAAGCCGCUCCGGGCAAAGUCAAGGUGCGCAUGGGCGGGCCUGAGCAGUCGAGUCUGCGUGGGCAUCGCGGGUUGAUUAGUAUCAUUGACAGUUUUCGGGGUGCGCGGCUGUUAACCCCGAAGCGAGAAGGUCCGGCGGGUGUGUCGGUGUUGAGGAUUGGGAUUGGGAUUGGCAGGCCUGUUAGUAGAGAGCGUGAUGCAGUGUCGGAUUAUGUCCUGGGAAAGUUGAGCCCCAGGGAUUUGGAGGCGAUGCAGCGCGCGGUUCCCGAGGUAGUGGAUUUGCUGGUCAAGGAGAUGUAUCGAGAGGGGGAUGACUGA